UCUUCACCUUAACCGCUUCACAUCUUAUCCUCCAUCUCCUUAAAUUCUCUCUCCUCACUUUUGUUCUUGUUUCCCAUCUCUAUAAAAAAAAAAGUGAGAAUCCCCAACUCAAUAAUUUCCUUACUUUCAAGCAAGAAAAUCCUAACCCAAGUUUCUUUUGUCUUAGUUCCACUUCUUUCUUUUUCCCUUUCUUAAUUUCAAGCAAGAGAAUUCCCCUAUAUCCUAAUCCAAGUCUCUCACCCAGAAAGAGAGAAAAUGUCAGGUGGGGUUGGGCCAACUUGCAAUGAUAUUAGCCUCCCAAAAGAGCAAGAAUAUGAAAAUAAACAAAGCAAUGACCAAAAUUCCUUGAAGACCACCACCACCACCACCAACUACCCUUCACUCAAAGCUGGGUUCCUCUCUCUCCGUCAGCUCAAUGCUCUUGCUGUCAUUAUUAUCUUCUCAGCCAGUGGCAUGGUAAGCCCUGAAGACUUUGCUUUUGUCAUCUUUUCUUUCUUCUACAUGUACUUCAUUUCAAAGGUUGCAUUCCCACCCCUCCACCCUUCAAAGGAACCAAGUGUUUUUAGCCCUCAAAACAAGAUUCUUCGAAUCUAUGUUUUUAUUGGUGCAAUCGUUGGUCUUUUCCUCCCCAUAGCAUAUAUACUUCAUGGCAUCUUUGAAGGUGAUCAACAAGGAAUCAAGGCAGCAGCACCACACGUUUUUCUUCUAUCAAGCCAAAUUUUCAUGGAAGGAGUGACAUUCUCGGGCAGGUUUUCAUUGCCCGUACGUGCUUUUGUGCCGGUGUGCUAUAAUGCAAAGAGGUUAUUUACCAUUGAUGACUGGCUGAGGAGUGAGUUCUCAAAGGUUGAUGAAGAGUUUGGUGGGUCUAAAGGGAGAUUGUAUGUUGGGAGAGGGCUUGCCAUUGCUAAUAUGGCGUUUUGGUCCUUCAAUAUUUUUGGGUUCUUGUUGCCUGUCUAUCUUCCUAAAGCUUUAAAGAGAUAUUACUCUGCUUAUAAGGUGAAAGACUGAAAAUGAUUGGAGCUCUUUUCUUUUUUUAAUGGUUAGUGCUAUGUGAUGUAAGUUUGUUUCUGUGACUUACUAAGAGUUCAACGAGUGAUUUGUCGGUGUGCUCCAUAAAUUUAUGUAGUUUUAUUCUAGAAAUAUAAAGUUCUGGUUCUACA